GGCUCGAGCCGCGCCGAGCAUCCCUCGAGCCGAUGGGGGGGGGCCUCGGCUUGCCGCCUCAGGGCCGUGGCCACACGGCCCUGCUCAGGAACGACGGCACGGCAGUGGCAUGCGGCUGCAAGGAUUCUGGCCAGUGCGACCUGCCAGCGUCGGUCGCGGGACGGAGCUACGUGCAGGUCGCCGCAGGAGGUGGCCACACGGUCCUGCUCAGGUGCGACGGCACGGCAGUGGCAUGCGGCGCCAAUGUUAAUGGCCAGUGUGAUCUCCCGGCGCUGCUCGCGGGCCUCACCUACGUGCAGGUCGCCGCAGGAGGUGGCCACACGGUCCUGCUCAGGAGCGACGGCACGGCCGCCGCCUGCGGCGUCAAUGUUGCUGGCCAGUGUGAGCUUCCGGCGCUGGCCACGGGCCUAAGCUACGUGCAGGUCGCCGCAGGAUAUUACCACACAGUCCUGCUCAGGAGCGACGGCACGGCCGCGGCCUGCGGCGACAAUCAUUUUGGCCAGUGUGACUCUCCGGCGCUGGCCACGGGCCUAAGCUACGUGCAGGUCGCCGCAGGGGAAGUCCACACAGUCCUGCUCAGGAGCGACGGCACGGCCGCCGCCUGCGGCGUCAAUGUUGCUGGCCAGUGUGAUCCUCCGGCGCUGGUAACGGGCCUCACCUACGUGCAGGUCGCCGCAGGAGUUGGCCACACAGUCCUGCUCAGGAGCGACGGCACAGCCGUGGCCUGCGGCACCAAUGAUGCUGGCCAGUGUGACCUUCCAGCGCUGGUGAUGGGCCUGACCUACGUGCAGGUCGCCGCAGUAGGUAGACACACAGUCCUGCUCAGGAGCUGUGACCUUCCGGCGUUGGUCGCUGGACUGACUUACGUAGCUCACCUGAUGCCAACGUUGCUCCUUCAGGCGUCGCUCGACGGCGAUUUUAUGCAGUUUACCACCCCCGGCGGGCAGGAGCGAUACCGGACCCGGGCAGUGCCUGCCACUUGUCUUGCAGAUAUAUACGAGCAGUUGAUGGUCGAGCAUCGUUCAGGCAGGUUUGGUUACGGAGUCGCGCAGGUUGACGUCAUCCUGCCUGGAAACCAGCGUCUCAGCGGCGUUCCUGCUCGGGAGACGGUGGCGAACGUCUUCGGGGCUGGUCCGCCAGGCUGAGCCGCCCCCCUCGCCGCUGCUCGAGACACGUUCUUCGACAGCGAAGUUUUCCCGCUGCCACUCAGACGGGUAGUGGGGCCAGCCCUGGGGUCCUGACCUUUGCAUGCAUGCUCGCACAUCUCAAGCCAGCACGAGCGCAGUAGAG